ACAGAACUAUGCACAAAUCGAGAAGAAAACACUUGCAGCAACCUUCGCCUGCGAGAGAUUCCAUCAAAGAAAAAAGUUGCAAUUCAAGAUGUAGCUGACAUAGAUCUGUUGUAUAUUCAGGAGCACUCGAAUGUAAAGAAAUGGUGUGUCCACAAGCUGAAGAAAGUCCGAGGAAAAUCCAAAAAGAAAACUGCAGUGAUCACAGAGGAGUUUGUGGAUGUCCUCGAUGAAUCUCUAAAUAAUUUGUUUGAUGUGGUUGUGUCUCUGAGAAAACACAAGGAUGCCUUUUGGUUGCGCUUCCACUUUGAUGCAGAGAGGGAGGAAUACAAACCUGCAGACAUCAUCUACAUGGUUUACUACCCACACACUGAUUAUGUCUUGUUGACAGCCAUAAAGCAGGCUCACAGGAGGGCCAUACUGCAGGCAUUGCAGGUGGCGAUAGGAUGUUCUGAAGUGACUGAAAUGAAACUGUCAGGAAAGUCUGUCACAUCCUUGCUUCAACUCGCACUCAACAAGGAUAGUCAGGGCUCCUUUAGCAAGUUCCGAUUAAACCAAGUUGAUGCUAACCCACUGUCUGUACGACAACGCCAGAAAAGAAAAGUUCCUGAUGAAGAUGAUGACGCGUUGAUUCAUAUCACCGAUGAGAAUAUCGUCCAGAAACGUAGGCGUAUAGACAUCCUUCUGGAUGUAUUUGGUCCGAAUGAGCAGCCUCAGUUGGAAAAGGUUGAAUUCAGGCUUGACACAAAGUUUCGAGGACUGAAGCACGCACCUGGAAUGCGUGAACGAACGGACCCAUUCCGGUGCCGAGUGAAAUUUGAAGGUGUGAGCGUUUUGAAGGGAAUACGUGAGAUGGCUGACAGGGGAAUCUUGGACUCCAAAAUGCCUGCGCAUCUUCGCAAUCUACACUCAAUGGGGAAGAAUCAAAUCACACUGGCUGAGAAAGAUGAGGAUGAAGGGACCCCACAGAAAUGAUAAAUCACGUCUUUGCCAUGUUUUACCUGGUUCAUGAAAUCAAAACCUUUUCAAUGUCUUGAGUAGAAAUGGAGAAUUAUUUGAUACUCUUUAAUUGCAGGUGUUGAUAGUUUGCAUUGGUGUAUUUUACAUACUUUAUGAAAUUCUUGUUUCGAAUGCCAUCACGGGUAGGAGGAGCUGGCUUUCUGACCACUUUUAUAUGUCUUCAUCAUCAUUUCCACUUAGGUUUAUUCGUUUGAACUUUUUUGGGCAGUGUUUGUGUCUCAAAUGCUCAAAUGCUAAAAGUAGAUAAAAAAGUUGCAGAAUACCCAUAUCUUGCAACCUUCUGUGUGGAAAUCAUGAAUGUUAGUGUGAUGUUGCAUCGGUUUUUAUUUUGUAAAUAUAUGUUUUAGCGGUAUCCAGAUUCCAACAAAUUUAGA